AUGGACGCGGCUCAGCCGACUUACAUCCGAACUCGGGUACAGACCGCGUGUGACAGCUGCAAGGCGCGCAAGGUCAAAUGCGACGGGAAACGGCCGUGCGGUUAUUGCACUCGCCGCCAACGGCCCGAAACAUGUCAUUAUUCGCCCCAGCAACGGCGUCGUGCCGCUACCGCCGCAGCUGCACGAUCGCCGCCUCAGCAGCUUCCGAACUCCCAGCAUACGCCCCUGACUUCGGCACAACCGCACGGAACGGCGCUCACGCCGGCCGCGUCCGUGUCGUCGUCACGGACGCCAGACGGACACCAGCAGGACUCAAUACAAGUUGCAAAUCGGAUACCCGGCGACCCUGAUGACGAGACUGAAGUCCCUCGCGAGGCAAGGCUCCUCUGUGAUGCCCAAGGCAAGUUGAUAUUCAUCGGCGACUGUGCACCCCUGUCUUUCUUCCAAAGUGUUAGACAGCUAGUCGUCAGCCGCGUCGAUCAAGACGCUUUCGCGCCACAGAGUAGUCGGUACUCGGUGCUGGAAAAUGCACCGUCCGCAUAUCAUGGCUCGUCAGGGGACAGUCCACCCACCGUGUCUGUGGAGACUAUUGAGCGUACCGUUUCAGUAUAUCUGUCGACCACGGCUGGGCUCGUUGAUCUGUUUGACAACAGUCGAUUGGUGGAUGACAUUACACUCUGGGCAAGUCAUGGUGAUAGCUUGGAUGAUGCAUCGAGCGCAGUGAAUUACCUUGUCCUGGCUAUUGGCUAUCAGAAGGACAGUGAGGAAAUGGCGCAGGCGUACUUCGAGUACGCAAGGGAUCGAGCGUUCGCCAAUCUCGACGGCAAUCUCAGCAUGAGCACAGUGCAAGCUUUUGUGCUUGUGACGCUGUAUAUGCUUGGCGCAUGUCAGAUCAACGGCGCUUUCAUAUUCUUUGGACUUUCCGUACGCUCUGCAUUUUCAAUUGGUCUUCACAGAACCGAAGUCAACUCCCGGUUUGGACAUGACGUACAUCGACAUCGAGAUCGACUGUGGCGGAGCCUGAGGUCAGUGGAUUUGUUCCUUAGCACAUCUAUGGGCCGGCCUCCGUCGACGUCGGAUAUCGACUGUACUGUUCCUUACCGGACGGUGGAUGCUGAUGGCCAUGAGUCAUUCGACCUUCUCAGUGCUUCGGUACAGAUCUUUCUUAUUAUUGAAGGGAUAGUCGUCGAAGUGUACUCCAGGAGGAAAAUCUCGUUGGCCAUGACGGAAGGCAUUUCUCGUCAAUUGAGGGAUUGGUCAGGGCGGUGGCUCGAACAGCUCAAACAUGUUUUGGCUACGAAUGGCGGCGAGCAGAGCACCGCGCAGUUACACGGCGUGUGCCAGGUGCUUUCUACCUAUUACUAUGCUGUUAUGCUUGUCUCACGGCCAUUUCUCAUGUACGAGGUAUGUAGACGUCUCUCCGACGGACCUCCAUCGUCUAGUAGGUCGGACGUCUAUUGUGGAAAGUCCAGGCUGGCGGAUGCUUGCAUCGAUGCCGCAAGUCUCAUGGUGGACCUCGUGUCGGAUCUAAUUGAGCGAGACGUCCUCGCAGGGAAGAAACCCUUGAUAGUAUCUUGGCUAUUCGCAUCAUCGAUGGCUUUAGGGGUUGGGCUCCUUGGCGGCUUCGGCCGCAUACUUGAACGCUACACUCGAAAGUCCAUCGAGGCUCUUGAGCACUUCGCCAAGUCAGACGCCCACGCCAUGCAAUACAGUCUCAUCGCCAAAAGUCUUCUGGCAAGUGCUCUGAGCUAUCUCGAGAAGAAGGAGAUAAUUGAAAGACUCCAGCGGACUGAAAGCAGUAGCCAGCUCUUCGGUCUCACGCCGCUAGAGACACCACGGCCUAGUAUAGAUCUCACUAGAAAAGAGGGCAGCUGGGUUAUUGAAACCCCAUCGAUGAUUCCAGGCCGAAGAGACUCCUGGUCGAGGCAUGACAACUUCUUUGGGCGUGGAUCCCAUUUCGCUGACUCGCCUGGUCGAUUCGGAGAUCUGGACCCGGCAUUUUUAUCGCUAUCUGGUUCUUUGCCUCGCACACCUGACCUGUCAUUCUUGAACAACGCGCUUGAGAACGACCAGAGCUCGGGUGCGUUGAAUCUCUUCCCACUCUUGGAGACGAGCGGUCAUAUUGAUCUGGCUCAUUAUUUGUAG